CUUUAGGAACAAAGCCCCAGUAACCAGACAUCAAUAGCAAUGAUGCAAGAACCUCAAGAGAUGGUGGAAGAGACGGUUACUGUGGAGGAAGACCCCGGCACUCCCACUUCCCAUGUGUCUAUUGUCACUUCUGAAGAUGGAACCACAAGGAGAACUGAAACCAAGGUUACCAAAACGGUCAAAACAGUCACCACCAGAACAGUGCGUCAGGUGCCACUUGGGCCUGAUGGCUUGCCAUCCAUGGAUGGCUCGUCUCCCAUGGGCAGCUACACAGAUUCAAUAGACAGAAGGUACAUGAAGAAUGGGGAGCGGUACAUCACACCACAAGCAUCUUCCACGUUAACCAGAUCUUACAACAGCUACAAUGAUUCUUACCCUGAAAGCCAUGAAGGCCAGUAUCGCCCUUAUGUUGCUCAUGAUGGUUAUGGAGAUCUAUCUGAUAACUAUGGCAGCUUGUCUCGUGGUGUCAACUACCGUCCUCGCUAUGCCUACGUGCCAGGAAACAGUUACAGGCCAGAUGAUGGUAGCUUCACUUUGCCAAGCAGAAGGGAUAACUACGGUCCUAUUGCCCAGCCUCAGGUGCCAGUAGGUAGCAGCGUUGACUUGACCCGCUCUCAACCGGAACGCUUCCAGCCAGAGCCCUAUGGACUGGAAGAUGAUAACCGCAGCCUUGGAGUAGACGAUGAAGGAUAUGAACUGGAUCCCGAUUACUCCACCGUGAAUCGGAGGACAUCUGCAGGUGUGCCAGAGAGAGGAAGACCUCACAAAGGAAGGGGCUACGAUGACCCUAUCGAGACAGAGAUGGUUGAAGAGAGGAUCCCUUACCUUCAUGGUGGCUACGCAGCACCACUGGCACAGCCAGAGAGAGGAAGCAUGGCUAGUAUUGACCGUCUGGGGAAGCGUUCCCCCUCUAUUGACAGCAUUCGUAAAGACCCCAGGUGGAGGGACCCUGACCUCCCUGAAGUAAUCGCCAUGCUCAGCCACCCUAUUGAUCCAGUCAAGUCCAACGCCGCAGCCUACUUGCAGCAUUUGUGCUACGAGAAUGAUAAAAUCAAAAAGGAUGUGAGGCACCUUAAAGGAAUACCUAUCUUGGUGGGCCUACUUGAUCAUCCAAAGCCGGAGGUCCAUCGUAAAGCCUGUGGAGCUCUCAGAAACAUCUCCUAUGGGAAGGAUAAUGAAAACAAGGUGGCUAUAAAGAACUGUGAUGGGAUCCCUGCAUUGAUCAGACUAUUGCGAAAAACAAAUGACAUGGAAGUCAGAGAGCUAAUUACAGGCACCCUGUGGAACUUGUCCUCCUAUGAGCCCCUGAAGAUGGUCAUCAUCAACCAUGGUCUGCAGACGCUUACCAAUGAGGUGAUUAUACCACAUUCAGGUUGGGAGAGUGAGCCGAAUGAGGACUCUAAGCCUCGUGAUGCCGAGUGGACAACUGUCUUCAAGAACACUUCUGGUUGCUUACGGAAUGUAAGUUCAGAUGGAGCAGAAGCACGCAGAAGACUAAGGGAGUGUGAUGGCUUGGUGGAUGCGCUCCUUCAUGCUCUACAGUCUGCAGUUGGCAAGAAGGAUACAGACAAUAAGUCUGUGGAGAACUGCGUGUGCAUUAUGCGGAACCUUUCCUAUCACGUCCACAAAGAGGUCCCUGGAGCCGAUAAGUACCAAGAAUUAGAUGCCAGUCAGGCUACAAACACGGGAGGCUCUCAGAAGAAGAAGAAAGACGAUGCUGGUUGUUUUGGUGGAAAAAAAGCUAAAGAGGAGUGGUUCAAUCAAGGAAAGAAGAAUGGAGAUUUGGACAGGAAUUUUGAUACACUUGAUUUGCCUAAGCGGUCUGAAGCAGCAAAAGGCUUUGAAUUACUGUACCAGCCAGAUGUGGUCCGACUGUACCUCUCCAUCCUCACUGAAAGUCAGAACUUCAACACUCUGGAAGCUGCAGCAGGGGCUUUGCAGAAUCUCAGUGCUGGUAACUGGACUUGGUCCACGUACAUCCGUGCAACAGUGCGGAAGGAGAGAGGCUUACCAGUGCUUGUGGAGCUGCUCCAGUCCGACUCUGACAAGGUUGUGAGGGCUGUGUCAAUUGCUCUGAGAAACCUUUCCAUGGAUCGUCGCAAUAAAGAUCUUAUAGGUAGUUAUGCCAUGGGUGAGCUGGUAAGAAAUUUGCCCAGCAGGCAGCAGAGAUCUGGAAAGAACCUGGAAGAGGAUACAGUGGUUGCAGUGUUGAAUACCAUCCAUGAAAUCAUUACUGACAGUUCAGAAAAUGCCAGGUCUCUGAUCCAGACACAGGGCAUUCAAAAGCUGGUAGCUAUCAGUAAGUCAAGCCAGUCUCCCAGAGAAACAAAAGCAGCAUCUCACGUUCUUCAGAUGAUCUGGAGCUAUAAAGAGUUACGAAAUGCCCUACAGAAGGAUGGGUGGAACAAAUCGCACUUCCAGUCUGUUUCUGCAACUCCAAAGGGUUCCAAAGGUACUGCUGGCAGGUCUGGCUAUGAUGACAGCACCUUGCCUCUGGUGGAUAAAAGUCAAGAUAAUGAGAAGGCUGGGAGUCGUGAUAUGAUACCUAUGGAUGAACUUGGCCCAGAUGGGUACUCCACCAUCGAUCACCGGGACAAAGAGCGCAAAUACAAGACCAGUGAUAACACAGGGGAUGCCUCGGAGAAAGAACCUUUAAAAAAUGACACAAAUAGGAAAAACAUUAACAGGAGUAACAGGGCUUCGGUGAAUCUGGUGGAUGCCCGUGACAUUAAACCCCAGCCUGUUGACUCCUGGGUCUAAUUUGCAUGCAUGGGCUAGAGUCCAACCACUUUUUUUUUUAAUUGAGGGGGAGAAAUAAACAUUGAAUUGACACAGAGGAUCUCAUCAGUCACAACUGCCAUUCAGAUUUGGAGGGCACUGCAUCACUGACCAGGCUGCAGAUUCUAGGAGGAUGUGGGGAGAAAACACAACUGACUGCCAUUGCCAACCCUGGAGCACCAUGCCUUACAGUGAGACAAUUUGCUUUUUAACUCCGUUACAUUCCCACCAGAAAUAGCCACCACCUCCCCCUCCCUCCCACUCCUGCAAGAACAAAGCAAGCAAGAAAAGAGAACUCAAGCUUCAAUCUAGCUGGCUGCGUUCUUAAGUGACUCUAUGUGUGGAUGGUGCCAAGUAUGAGAAGUGAAGGUCAUGUGGCAGCAAAGAAGACAGCUUCACAAGUGAAAGAGAAACUGCAGAAUAUUCAAAAUAAUAUCGUAGGUGUAGCCAUGAAGAUAAUAGCACUUUUCUGGUUUGGGGCUCAUUGUUUUGUUUUUUGUUUUGGAGGAUUUCUUUUGAACCGUGACUCUAACAUUUUUAAAGGCUUUUUGAAAAAUGUUUAGGUUUUUAUUAUUAUUUCCACAGAAAGUGCAAGAAUGUUGAGUGGGUUUAUUGGAUUUCAGUGAAGGGAGAAAAUGCAGAACAAAAACUAUUAAACGCUGGUCAAAUGAACUGGAGAGUGGAUGACAAAAUUGAUGCAAGCUGUAUAAUCUGCUUUUAGAGUAAGCUAUAUCAAUCACAGUGCUAUAUUAUCAUUAUUAUCUGGUGUACAAUACUGCCUUUUGAAUUCUGUAAUGGCUCUGUUUUUAUUUCCACAUAUUGAAAAGCAGUUUAUCAAAGGUUUCAGUGUCCCUGGUUCAGAAAUCUUAUGCUGAGAAAUGGAGUUGGCUGACUUUUUUUUUUUUUUGUUCUCAAAGAUUGCAGUAAGGAGCUUUUUACAUUUUAAAUGUACCAGUGUUGCAUUGAUGAUGAUUAACAAUUUCUUUUGCCAUAGCUGUUAACACAUUGGAAGAAAAUAGGAACUUUUUUGUAGGAUGUCUUAUUUUGAACAUGCUAUAAAUUUUAGAUGGGUCUGUCAAUUGUAUUUGAUGGUAAACUUAUCAUUGUUGGAUCCAUGUUUGCUUUGGGCUAUAGAUCCUGAUGAAAAAUACCA